AUGCGCAGACCAUCAACCGACCAGCACCAGCGCACUAUGGACAGAGAGCAGUACAAGAAAGGCAACAUUGGAAAAAACUUCAUGUGUCGGCUGCAGUGCAUGUUCUCCCACUCUGCGAGCUCCGAGAGCAGCAGACUGACUCUGGAGGACACGCAGCAGUGGUCUCAGUCACUAGAGAAACUUCUCGACUCUAAAUACGGACUGGCCACGUUCCGCACCUUCUUGAAGUCGGAGUACAGUGAUGAGAACAUCGAGUUCUGGUUGACGUGUGAGGACUUCAAGAAGCUCCGCUCGUCUUUCAGAAUGUCGUCUCGAGCCAAACGCAUCUACGAACAGUUCAUCAAAGCAGAGUCGCCCAAAGAGAUCAACAUCGACCAUCAGACUCGCGAACAAAUCAAGAGAAACGUCAAAACUCCCACAACGCACUGCUUCGACGAGGCGCAGAAGAUUGUGUACGGACUGAUGGAGCGGGACUCCUACCCUCGCUUCCUCCGCUCCGAGGUCUACCGAACUCUGCUGGAGAACCUUUCGGCCGACGCGUCCAAAGGCUGA